AUUUUUUCAGACGACGUGGAAAGUCUGAAGAUACGAAGUGGCGUGUGGCGUGUCUCUUUCUUCACCUUUCCCACUCGAUUGUUCGUCUCUUCUCUCUCUACCAGAUCCUCUAAGCUAACAACACGAACCCACAAUGUCUUAUUCCUUCCAUCUCUGCUCGAAAAUGGCUAUGCUCAAUGCUUUUACUGUUUCUCCCCUGACAACUUCCCUUCCUAUUCUUCCCAACUCUUCGUUCUUCCCGCCAGCUUUCUUCAGAAUUUCUUCUGGGUUCACUCCUUUUGCUGCAUUCUCUCUACCCCGAAAGAAAAGGGGUAUCCGCAGUUACUGUUGUUCUUCCAUGAAAAAUGAGCUUCAUGAACCUGUUGACAGCAAUGCUGGAGAUGCAGGUGAAGAGAUAGAUGGAGAUGGGGAGAAUACAGAGACGCUAUUAUAUUCCUUCUCUCCUUUAUCUCUGCUAUUUGUAGCUGCUUUUCCCGGAGCUGGGACUGUGAGGUCCUUGUUUGGGCCUUUUGUUGAGCUUGUGAAAUCAUGGAAUCUUCCCGACUGGCUUGUGCAUUGGGGUCACCCAGGCAACAUGGCAGUUGUGCUCUUUGCCAUGGGUGGCUACGGAACGUAUCUAGGCUUUAGAAUUCGUUUUUCUGAUGACGUGGAGGAGAAAGCCAAAGCUAAAGACUUGCACCCAAAGCUUUUAGGCGGGAUGUUUUUCUUCUUUGCACUUGGAGCAACUGGUGGAAUUACAUCCCUGCUUACUUCAGACAAACCCAUCUUUGAAAGUCCACAUGCUGUGACAGGUUUCAUUGGCCUUGCUCUCUUGACCAUACAGACUAUUUUGCCUGCAUUGUUUGAGGGUAAUCCUGGAUUGCGGAAUGUUCAUGGGAUAUUGGGUAGCGGCAUCAUGACACUGUUUCUCAUCCAUGCUGCUCUUGGACUUCAGCUAGGUCUCAGUUACUAAUUAAUAACAAAUAUCAUUUUUCAUGAUCACAUGUUGAGCUCCCUGUUGAUCCUUCAUUUGGAGGUCGGCCCUGAAACCUGAAAAUUGCUAUGUUCCCAUGAAUCAGUUAUCCUUGUGGAUGCACUUUGGCAAAUCUAUACAACUUUUGUACCAAAAUUUACAUACCAAAUGUCAAUGAUGAAUUAGUGAUACCAGUAUUUCUUUGAACUCAGCUAAACAUGUUAUUAUGAUGUUUUUAUUCGUAAAGUUUUAUUAUGUGUGAAAAGAUC